AUGGCGGACGGCGGCGGGAGCGGCCGGGGGCCGCCGUGCCCAGGGGCGGCCGCGGCGCUGCGGCGCUGGGAGCAGCUGCGGCGGCGGGCGGCGGCGGCGACGCCGUGGGCCCGCGGGCUCCUGGCCGUAGCCGCCGGGCUCGGCCUCUUCUACGUGGUGCUGCGGGUGCCGCUGCGGCUCCGGGACAGCCUGGCGGCCGUGACUGUGUUCCUAAGCACUUUGACUCCCAAAUUCUACUUUGCCCUUACAGUGACUUCGUCUUUUAUAUCUGGACUGAUAUUUGUGUUUGAGUGGUGGCAUUUCCGAAAAUAUGGCACGUCUUUCAUUGAGCAGGUGUCUGUGAGUCAUUUGAGGCCCCUCAUCGGUGGCGUAGAAAACAGCCCUCCAGCACCAGCAGCAUUCUCAGCUGGGGAGAAUGAGACAAGCAGGCAGAAUAUGCCAGAGUGCAAAGUGUGGCGAAAUCCUCUCAAUCUUUUCAGAGGGGCAGAGUAUAGCAGAUACAUGUGGGUGACUGGGAAGGAGCCUCUUACAUACUAUGACAUGAAUUUGUCUGCUCAAGAUCAUCAAAACUUUUUCACGUGUGAUACAGAUGCCCUUCGGCCUUCAGACACAGUUAUGCAGAAAGCAUGGCGAGAGAGAAACCCUCAAGCCCGGAUUAAAGCAGCAUAUCAAGCUUUGGAGUUAAACAAUGAUUGUGCCACUGCAUAUGUCCUCCUGGCUGAGGAAGAAGCAACAACUAUUGUAGAUGCUGAGAAGUAUUUCAAGCAGGCUCUGAAAGCAGGAGAAAUGAUUUACAGAAAGUCUCAGAACUGCCAUUCCCAAAGUCCCCAGCAUGAAGCACAGCUGAGAAGAGACACCAAUGUAUUGGUGUAUGUGAAAAGGAGGCUAGCUAUGUGUGCAAGAAAACUUGGAAGAAUACGAGAAGCAGUAAAAAUGAUGAGAGAUCUGAUGAAAGAGUUUCCACUUCUCAGCAUGCUGAAUAUUCAUGAAAACCUCCUGGAGGCACUACUGGAAUUACAGGCUUAUGCAGAUGUCCAGGCAGUUUUAGCGAAGUAUGAUGAUAUCAGUCUUCCAAAAUCAGCAGCAAUAUGUUACACAGCAGCCCUGUUAAAAGCCAGAGCUGUUUCAGAAAGGUUCUCCCCAGAAACUGCUUCCAAAAGAGGGCUUAGUACAGCAGAAAUUAAUGCCGUGGAAGCAAUUCACAGAGCUGUGGAAUUUAACCCUCAUGUUCCAAAGUAUUUACUAGAAAUGAAAAGCUUAGUGCUACCUCCAGAGCAUAUUCUGAAACGAGGGGACAGUGAGGCAGUAGCAUACGCUUUUUUUCACCUCCAGCACUGGAAGAGGAUAGAAGGGGCUCUAAAUCUGCUACACUGUACAUGGGAAGGCACAUUUAGGAUGAUCCCAUACCCGUUAGAGAAAGGUCAUCUUUUCUAUCCCUAUCCCAGUUGCACAGAAACAGCAGACAGAGAACUGUUGCCAACAUUUCACGAAGUCUCCGUUUACCCACAGAAGGAACUUCCUUUUUUCAUCCAUUUCACAGCAGGUCUAUGUUCCUUUUCGGCAAUGCUUGCUCUCCUCACGCACCAGUUCCCUGAGCUGACAGUCAUUUUUGCUAAAGCUAUUAUUGUACUCUUGAUCCCAUUCCUGAUGUUUUCAGAAGCAUUCAGAAAACUUGUGCUGCGGGUGCUGUGGCCUGUGAGUGCUCCCAGCGUUCUGGCCUCCAGCUGAGUGGACCAUGCUGGGGAUGCAGGAGUGCUUUGGGACUCUUUCACCCUUCAGCUUCAUUAUGG